AUGGGUCGGCCACCGCACAGUGGCCCGCCGCUGGGCCCGCCGCUGGGCCCGCCCGGCGCUCCACCGCUCAGACCCGGGUUCCAGCGCCCCUUUGCCCCUGCGAUGAUCGGGGGUGGUGCAGCGCUCGGGGUCCCACUCCGCCCGCCAGUGCAGGAGCGCGACCUGGCAAUCGCCUCCGCAGUGGCCACCGCCGCUGCCAAGGCGGCGUCAGAGUGGGACGAGGCCGAGUCGCGGAGGGCGAAGGACGCCAAGAUGGCUGCGCGCAGGGCGGCCGACGAGGCGGCAGAGGCGGUGGAAGCGCAGGCGAAGCUGUGCGAGGAGGCGGAUGCCGCGCUUCGGCAGGCGGUGGCCAAGCUCGAAGAGCUCGAGCGCGUCAAGCAGCAGGCGCACACCGGGCUGCCGAUGCUCCACAGCGGCACCGCGAAACGCUGGAACCCGCAGAAGGGGUUCGGCUUCAUCGUGCCGCGCGGGGGCGAGGGGUCCGACCUCUUUUGCCACACAAACGACAUCUUGGACGGCGUUCGGCUGCCGGACGGCGCCCCGGUGCGCUUUGUCCAGUGCUUCGACGAGCGCAAGCAAAAGUACUACGCGGCCGAGGUAACGGGCGGCGCUCCGGCGGCCGAGCCCGAGGCGGGGGAGGAGGAGAGCAGGGGCGACGGAAAGGCGGGCUCAGGGUGGCAGAAGCCGAAGCGGCAGCGCGCGCUGGAGUGA